AUAGAGUAGUGAUUUUAAUUCAAUUAUUUUAUUCUUAUCUAAAAUUGAAUUAUUUUAUUUUUUUUGUCAAAGUUUUUUUUUUAAAUAAAAAAAUGAUUGCGCUGUUGUUUUUUUUGGGAGUUUGUGGGGCUUCUAGGAUUCCCAUGGAAUCAAUGAUGGAAAUAAGAUCUAAAUCACUUGAGGAUUUAGCUAUGGAACCAUCAAAUUUUGUUCAGUCAUCAAUUCAUUCUAUUCAACCUCGUUAUUUUGUUUACAAUUAUUUGCAAGUAGAUCCCCAUAAAUCAUAUCCAGUACUGAGUUAUCCUUAUGGUAAUCCUGGUAAUGCAUACGUAACAUCGUCAUUUAAUUACUACGGAGCGCCUCUUUAUGAUUAUGGAUUCCAAUUAAGCCCGCAGGUGUUUACGAACCUCCAGCCGUUUAUUCCUCAUUACGUUCCACAACAACCGAGUUACGUUCCUCAGCAGCCGAUUUCGACGACUACCCAGCGACCGUUUGACGACGGGAUUGAAAAACUCGACGAGAAAAUAGAUCCUGAUGUGGAAAUUAAUCCCCCAAUGAGCAAUGAAAAUUCAGAUGACGACUCUGUCGUCGUAGAGUCUCUAUAAUUUUUUUUUACCCUCACAUUUAAUUUAAAAUUUUAUAAUUUCAUAUUAAUUUUUUAUAAUAAAAUAAAUAAUUUAAUUUUAA